AAAAUAUGAAAGAACUGUUUAAACUAAUUAUAGUUUUAUUUCUUUUCCAGGUUGCCGAUUUUGAUGACAUUAUAGCAAACGAUUCGGAUGCAACUAUUACGAAUAGUUGCGUUAAUUUUUGUUAUGACGACGAGCCUCCUACGAAGAAACAGGUCCAAAGAAUCAGCGGUGAGCUAGAUGCGAAAUAUAACGGCCCGUUCUCAGAGUUUGAAAAAUGUGCAAAUCAAGUCAAGGAACAGAAGAAAAAUUUGCAAAUUUGCGAGGCUAAAUUCAGCCUAAAGGAAAGACAACGUAUGGCAAACAUGUUAACACUUGCCAAAAAGAAAGCACAAAUUAAAGAUUUGAAAAAUCAAAUAAAGAUGGAAUCAAGUGCACACAGCGCUUUAACAAAUGCAAAGGAUGACGAAAUUGACGAAUUAAAGAAGGAAAUCAAUGAUUUAAAAGCCUAUAAAGGAAACGAAUCAGCAUUACUGAUUUCUAAGGAUGAGAUAAUUAACACCUUAAAAGAGAAUACGAUUAACUUGUUGAAGGCUAAGAAUGAUCAAAUCAGUGACUUAAGGGCACUUUUGAACGAAAAAGACCAACAGCUGACAAAAUACAAGAAUGAAGGGGAAGAUUUGUCAGACUCGGAAAUCUACAUUGAUGGCACUCGUAGGAUCCAAGUUGCUGGUAAUCCAUCCUUCACCGCACCUUUCAUCCGAGCUGUAUCCGAUUGGACUGUGAUUCUACGACGUGUUUAUGGAAAUGUCAGUUUUAGUCGGGAUUGGAAUGAGUACAAGAAUGGAUUUGGUGAUCCAAAUGGUGGAGAUUUUCAUAUUGGCCUCGAUAACUUGUACUCCAUGCUAAGGACACGCCAGCAUGAGUUAUACGUCUCAGUUAAAGAUGUUAUUGGAAGCACAGGCUAUGCCCGCUAUGAUAAUUUCAAAAUUAAUCACGAAAACGCAAGUUAUAAUUUACUUUCGGUUGGCGAAUACAAAGGAACUGCUGGCGAUUCAUUGUCCUUCCAUGUAGGUCUAAAUUUUACUGCCAAAGGUCGAGAUCCUGUAUACCGAUCACCUAACAAUGACCUGGGUGGAUGGUGGUUCAAGACCACCAAAGAAAAUGAAAGAGCAUGGUUAAGUAAUCUAAAUGGAAAGUAUUAUGAAUCCGGAAUUGCUCCCAACAAACGUGGCAUCACUUGGGGUUCAUUUUCAGACUUCAAUUAUAGUAUAUCCCUUACGUUUGCACAAAUGAUGAUACGACCCCGACCAUAAAUUAAGUUAAAUUUAAAUAGAAAGUGUAUUCACAAAAUGAGUUAUAUAAAUUCCUGGAAAAUCAAAAUGCUUUUCAAAUAAAAUUUAAAAGAGACUAGUUCAGAAACUACCGAA